AUGUUGGUCUUGCAGUCUAUCUGGGUUUCUGGUUGGGGAUCACAGAAGGAACUGGAUGAAGCCAAGUUGAAUUUUGCUGCUGCUGAGGGUGACCAUGUGAGUUUCUUAAAUGUCUACAAAGGAUUUCUUCAGUCUGGUAAAUCUUCGCAGUGGUGUCAUAAGAACUUUGUAAACUACCAAGCCAUGAAAAAGGUUCUGGAAAUUAGAGAACAACUCAGAAGAACGGCUCAGAGAAUAGGCAUUGUCUUGAAAUCUUGUGAAAGAGACACGGUGGUAGUAAGGAAGGCAAUUACUAAUGGGUUUUUUGCUAAUGCAUGUCGUUUAGAAGCAUCAAGUCACGAUGGGAAGUACAAGACUAUUAGAGGUUCUCAAGCAGUUUAUAUUCACCCAUCAUCUGUGUUAUUCAGAGUUAAUCCCAAGUGGGUAUUAUACCAUUCUCUUGUCUCAACUGAUAAGCAAUACAUGCGGAAUGUGAUUUCCAUAGAUCCUUCUUGGCUCACAGAGGCAGCUCCACAUUUUUACCAACACCAGCGACUCAAGUCAAUGGUUCACUAG